AAAACAAGAACACGCGGAAAAACUGGAUAUCGACCACUCGAUAUUCCAUCCGUGGCGGAUCUCGAGCUGAGUCUCGAUCGUCUUGAAAGUUCGUCGUCUCCGUUUAUCUCGUGAGCGUGGGAUUGUGCAGCCAACAUGGUGCUCCGAAGGUCAGGAUCCAUUCAUCGGAAAAUCUCGAUGAACAGCAAUAUCGAGAAAAGGAAGUCGAAGAAAUUCAAGCUAAGGGUGAAGGCUAAGAAGGAGCGUCGCGGAGCGAAGCCCAAGACAGUGCGAAUUCAUCCGGACGACGAGGGUAUAAUAACUCCUUCGAUGAUACGGUCGAGGACCCGGAAGAAUCCGUUGGCGAACGUGAAACUCAGCAACAAGAAAAGGAAUAAAACUCUGAAGCAGAAAAGAUACAUGCAGCGAGAUAAGGAACAAGCGGCAAAGGCAGCAGUGGAGGCGGCCGAAGCUCAGAUGGAGACCGAACCAAAAGUGAAGAAAACGAAGAGCAAAAAACGAGACUCUGGGGUGACAGAAAUGGACUGCGAUUGAGGGCUCUCUUCAAAGAUCCAGGGAGCAAGUCUCAUGUAUAUUUCAGUUGCCAAUAUUCCCUCGUAAUAAAUUCCUGUUACGCUUA